AUGUUGAUAAACCCAGAGCAGGUAGCUCUGAUAGGGCAGGUGUUUGAGGCGUAUGUGACAGAGUACCACAGGAGUGACAUCCUGCAGAUCCUUCAGGAGCCUGAUGAGGAUGCCCACUACCCGGUGGUCAUCAACGCCAUGACACUGUUCGAAGCCAACAUGGAGGUGGGAGACUACUUCAAUGCCUACCCCAGCGAGGUCAUCAACAUCUUUGACAACACCCUUCACAGAGCCGCCAAGACAGUGUCAGAGAACUCUACACAGCAAAGGUGGCACAAUGUCAAACACCACCUGCAUGCCCGAAUCACAGGUAAGAGGCUCUUACCCACUUCCAAAUUGACCGCUAGCCCCCUACCUCCUAGGCACUUGUAUAGAUCUGAAAAGAUAAGCAGUAUGUUGUAAAUUCAUUCCACCUAGCCUAUCAUAGAGCAAGUUGAAGUUAUUGCUAUAAUUUAUUGCUAUUUCUAAUUUAUAUAAUUAUUGCUAUUUCUAAUUAGUUAUCCAAUCUCUUUAUUUACAUGAAGACAAGUGCAUAGAGAGGUUGACUUGAGCAUCUGUGUCAAUAAUAUGAGAGGCUAGAGAGCUCUUUCAGCUCCCUUCUCUGAAUGAAUUGUCCUCGUACAUAGUUAUGGCCCUCUGCUGCUGUAGCUUUAUGUAACGUCUGAGAUAUAUAUUUGUGAGUUAGUGGGUGGCUGUCCUCCCUGUCUAAUUGCAAUGCACUUUGUCUUGAAGAGCUCCAUUAAAACAGUGCCUGGAGUGGUUUAGGCCGCAGUGUUACUUUUUUGGUUAAUUUCACUUGUUCUACAGGAGGCUCACCUCAUCAGUCUGCCCUCUGCAACAGAGGAGUCAUUUAAUUCCAGACAGACACAAUUAGAGCUCCUCAUCAUAGAUAGUUGAAUCACGUGUCCAGUGGCAAACAUUAGCAUCCUUUUGAUGCAGCUUGAUAAUGAUAAUAAUCACAAUAGGAGGUACAGUAUACCCAUCACUGGCCAGCAGGAUUUAAUGAGAACAUUAUGAACAUCUUGUCUCCGUGUAGGUAUCUGUCUGUGGUUGUUGACUCGGGAAGAAUGUCUGCCUGUGAAAUGCAGGAGAACAGUAGGCAGUAAGAGACUGAAACAGGAGACUCAGCGUGGCCCAAUAUAUCACUCUUAGCAGGCCCAAUAUUGAUUUCCUGGGCUGACACGUGGAUACCUGAGGUGGGGCCCAGAGAAACUGUAGCUAGUCAAUGAGGGUUUCUAAUGCACAUUGUCUCUAGCAAUAAGGCUGCGUUUACACAGACAGCCCGAUUCUGAUAAUUUUUCCACUAAUUGGUAUUUUAACCAAUCAGAUCAGCUCUUUUGCCAAUAAUUGGGCUAAAGAUCAGAAUUGGUCUGUCUGUGUAAACGCAGCCGAAGACUCAGCCGCACUAUGGGUUCCGACACCUCCGGGCUGCCACACUUUUACCAACACCAUUAGUUUAGCACCUGGAACGGGUUGACAUCGAUUGGCCUGAUUUAAUAUGCAGAUUAUAAAAAAAGAGCACAGACAUCUAGUCAGAUGGGAAUAAUCUGUAAUGAUUGACCUUGUCUGGUCUGUCUGCCGGCCUUGCAGAGUAGCUCAACCUUCACAUCUAAUUAAUUUAGCCAUUGCGUACUGCAGUCUGGGGUCUCACUAGUACAGAGAGCAGUGUUAUAAAUAGCCAGAUGAUGUGCUUGACUCAUAUGCUAUUCCUUGAUUUGGUUACAUGGUGUGAAUGUAGAAUGCAUAGCAAAUAGUAGCAGGGCCCUUGGUGAUGUAACUGUGUGUGUUCUGGUGGGGAAUGUUACUGCUACAAGGCCAUGUUUAAGAUCAGACCAAUAUAUGCUGAAGAUGUGGACGGAAAAUGUAAAUAUUGUUUGAGAUGCCAGUUGGAGAGAGAUGAUAAUACACUAUAUUUAAAAAAGUAUGUGGGCACCCCUUCAAAUUAGUGGAUUCGGCUAUUUCAGCCACACCCUUUGCUGACAGGUGUAUAAAAUCGAGCACACAGCCAUGCAAUCUCCAUAGACAAACAUUGGUAGUAAAAUGGCCUUACUGAAGAGCUCAGUGACUUUCAACGUGGGACCGUCAUAGGAUGCCACCUUUCCAACAAGUCAGUUUGUUUUAUUUCUGCCCUGCUAGAGCUGCCCUGGUCAACUGUAAGUGCUGUUAUUGUGAAGUGGCAACGUCUAGGAGCAACAAUGGCUCAGCCGCGAAGUGGUAGGCCACACAAGCUCACAGAACGGGACCGCCAAGUGCUGAAUCGCGUAGCGCAUAAAAAUCAUAUGUCCUCAGUUGCAACACUCACUACCGAGUUCAAAACUGCCUCUGGAAGCAACGUCAGCACAAUAACUGUUAGUCGUGAGCUUCAUGAAAUGGGUUUCCAUGGCCGAGCAGCCAUACAUACACAAGCCUAAGAUCACCAUUCACAAUGCCAAGCGUCGGCUGGAGUGGUGUAAAGCUCGCCGUCAUUGGACUCUGGAGCAGUGGAAACGUGUUCUCUGGAGUGAUGAAUCACGCUUCAUCAUCUGGCAGUCCGACAGACUAAUCUGGGUUUGGCAGAUGCCAGGAGAACGCUACCUGCCCCAAUGCAUAGUGCCAACUGUAAAGUUUGGUGGAGGAGGAAUAAUGGUCUGGGGUUGUUUUUCAUGGUUUGGGCUAGGCCCCUUAGUUCCAGUGAAGGGAAAUCUUAACGCUACAGCAUACAAUUACAUUCUAGAUUAUUCUGUGCUUCCAACUUUGUGCCAACAGUUUGGGGAAGGCCCUUUCCUGUUUCCGCAUGACAAUGCCCCCGUGCACAAAGUGAGGUCCAUACAGAAAUGGUUUGUCGAGAUCGAUGUGGAAGAACUUGACUGGCCUGCACAAAGCCCUGACCUCAACUCCAUCAAAGACCUUUGGGAUGAAUUGGAACGCUGACUGAAUCCAGGCUCUGUCGUAGCCGGCCGCGACCGGGAGACCCAUGGGGCGGCGCACAAUUGGCCCAGCGUCGUCCAGAGUAGGGGAGGGAAUGGCCGGCAGGGAUGUAGCUCAGUUGGUAGAGCAUGGCGUUUGCAACGCCAGGGUUGUGGUUUCGAUUCCCACGGGGGGCCAGUAUGAAAAAUAAAUAAAUAAUGUAUGCACUCACUAACUUUAAGUCGCUCUGGAUAAGAGCGUCUGCUAAAUGACUAAAAUGUAAUGUAAAUGUAAAUAACAUUGGUGGGCUGGAGUAUUGCAUGGGAUAAAAUGUUACACUGACCGUGUCUGCGAGUCCACAGAUGUAUCAGGAAGAAAGACUUCACAAGUCUGCUGUGGAUUCACAGUGGUCACUGCUUAGGCCUAAAGCUUCCUGUUACAAAAGAAGAAGGCUUCUCCCUUAGAGCUCUCUCCAUUAGGUAGUUUUAUCCAAUAAAAUACUGUAGGCUACUUGACAGAUGUACAGUAAGGCUAUGUAAUAGGUUAAGUAUGUUUCAUUAUUUUAAAAAUCUCCCACUUGUUUAAUUUGACCCAUGCAACACAGUGCAAGAUGCAAGCGAUACAUCUCUCUUCAAUACAAUAGUGGGUAGAUAGCCCCAUCUGGUGGUUUAUAUUGAGCAUGACAGGGAAUGCUGAACUUUGCAUUCCAAGAAAGAUGGUGCAGUUGUGUUGUCAAUUCUGAUCAUUGUUUUGAUGUCUAGUCCAGUGCUCCUUGGUCUGUUUGAUGUCCAUAACCCUAACCUCCCUCUGCAUUGCUGUAUGUCAUCACGCCUCAGGUCUUCCUGUGUGUCCGGAGCUCACCAGGGAGAACAUCCCCAAGUCUCGGGACGCUGGUCACUUCCUGUCCGUCACGGGCACGGUCAUCCGCACCAGUGUGGCCAAGGUCCUGGAGUACGAGAGGGAUUACAUGUGCUCUAAGUGCCGUCACGUGUUCUCCCUGCAGGCUGACUUUGAGCAGUUCUACAGCUUCGUCCCCCCAACCAGCUGCCCCAACCAGGACCUCUGUAACGCCAACAAGUUCACGUGCCUGUCAGGCAGCUCCACCCCGGCAGCCUGCAGGGACUACCAGGAGAUUAAGAUCCAGGAGCAGGUGACUCACUGACUGGGGGUUAAGAUGCUCUAGCACUGUUUGUUUUAAUUAUAGUCUACACAUUGUAUAACCCUGUUGAAUAACAUCUGAAAACACAUUGUAAGCCUAUAUUUGAUCAAACUGCGCCCCUCUUUCCCUGCUGUUCUGUGUGCCCAGGCCCAGAGGCUGUCUGUGGGCAGUAUUCCUCGUUCCAUGGUGGUCAUUCUGGAGGAUGAUCUGGUAGACAGCUGUAAAUCAGGUAACAUUGGUCACUAUGACAUCACUUGUCACUAUGAUAUCACAGUUGACAUUUGUAUUGGAAAUUACAUCACAGUUGGGAUUGUUACAUAAAGGAUAAUGUCAUACUGUUUUAUGGGAAUUUUUACAUUUUUAAAUUUGUUUUGCAGAGGGCGACAUCAUUGUGUUAGGUAGAUUGUGACAUCACUGAGUAUUGGAAUUCCACAUUGUGAUGUAUUACCAAUGAUUUCAUAAUACUGUAUGAUGUACGGAUGUUACAUUGUGGUGUCAUUUUUUGUGUGAUAACAUCACAAUACCAUAUGAUUGUCUUUCACCCAAGAUGAAAUCACAGUAGAUGAAUUGGAAUGUUUUUAAAGGGAUUAGUAUGUUUCUAGGAUACAGUGCAUUCGGAAAGUAUUCAGACCCCUUGACUUUUUCCACAUUUUGUUACAUUAGACUUAUUCUAAAAUUGAUUAAACAAUACCCCAUAAUGACAAAGCAUAAACAGGUUUUUAGAAAUGUUUGCUAAUUUAUAAAAAUAUAAAAACGGAACUAUUACAUUUACAUAAGUAUUCAGACCCUUUACUCAGUACUUUGUUGAAGCACGUUUGGCAGCGAUUACAGCCUCGAGUCUUCUUGGGUAUGACGCUACAAGCUUGGCAGACCUUUAUUUGGGGAGUUUCUCCUGUUCUUCUUUGCAGAUCCUCUCAAGCUCUGUCAGGUUGGAUGGGGAGCGUUGCUGCACAGCUAUUUUCAGGUCUCUCCAGAGAUGUUCGAUCAGGUUUAAGUCCGGGCUCUGGCUCUCCCAGUCCCUGCCGCUGAAAAACAUCCCCACAGUAUGAUGCUGCCACCACCAUCCUUCACUGUAAGGAUGGUGCCAGGUUUCCUCCAGACGUGACGCUUGGCAUUCAGGCCAAAGAGUUCAAUCUUGGUUUCAUCAGACCAGAGAAUCUUGUUUCUCAUGGUCUGAGAGACUUUUAGGUGCCUUUUGGCAAACCAAGUGGGAUGUCAUGUGCCUUUUACUGAGGAGUGACUUCCGUCUGGCCACUCUACCAUAAAGGCCUGAUUGGUGGAGUGCUGCAGAGAUGGUUGUCCUUCUGGAAGGUUCUCCCAUCAGAGGAACUUUAGAGCUCUGUCAGAGUGACCAUCGGGUUCUUGGUCACCUCCCUGACCAACGCCCUUCACCCCCGAUUGCUCAGUUUGGCCGGGCGGCCAGCUCUAGGAAGAGCCUUGUUGGUUCCAAACUUCUUCCAUUUAAGAAUGAUGGAGGCCACUGUGUUCUUAGGGACCUUCAAUGCUGCAUAAAUGUUUUGGUACCCUUCCCCAGAUCUGUGCCUUGACACAAUCCUGUCUCGGAGCUCUACGGACAAUUCCUUUGACCUCAUGGCUUGGUUUUUGCUCUGACAUGCACUGUCAACUGUGGGACCUUAUAUAGACAGGUGUGUGCCUUUCCAAAUCAUGUCCAAUCAAUUGAAUUUACCACAGGUGGACUUCAAUUAAGUUGUAGAAACAUCUCAAGGAUAAUCAAUGGAAACAGGAUGCACCUGAGCUCAAUUUCGAGUCGCAUAGCAAAGGGUCUGAAUACUUAUGUAAAUAAGGUAAUACGGUAUUUUUUGUUUUUGCUAAGAAAAUUGAAAUACAUGUUUUCACUUUGUCAUUAUGGGGAAUUGUGUGUAGAUGGGUGAUAAAAAAUAUAUUGAAUCCAUUUAGAAUUCAGGCUGUAACAACUAAAUGUGGAAUAAGUCAAGGGGUAUGAAUACUUUCUGAAGGUACUGUAUCACCAUUUGUGAUGACAUUUUUUCAGGUGAUGAUGUGACAGUGUAUGGAGUAGUUCGUCAGCGAUGGAAGCCCCUGUACGAGGAAGCACGCUGUGAACUGGAUCUGGUGUUGAAAGCCAACUUCAUUGAAGUGAACAAUGAGCAGACCAUGGCAGCUUUGGUCUUGGAGGACAUGCAGAAGGAGUUUGAGGAGUUCUGGGACAAUUACAAACAUGACCCUAUAACUGGUACAUAAUACCUAAACUGUAAUACUUCCUCAAUCCCCAUAAUUAAAACUGUUGCCAUAUAGAUUUAGAUACAACUUUUCAAUUAAUUUAAUGGUCAUUAUUACAUGUUAAAUACUAUAUGAGAUAAGAUGGACAUGAAAUGUUUAUGGAAUUUGAUUGGUGUUCUUUUUCCAUGUUCUCUCUGAAGGCAGGAACCAGAUUCUCAUGAGCCUGUGCCCACAAGUGUUUGGAAUGUAUGUAGUGAAGUUAGCUGUUGCUAUGGUGUUAGCAGGUGGGGUGCAAAGAAUAGAUCCUUCUGGAACUAAGGUAAGAGGUAUGUAUCCUUGUUCCAAAUGUGGGCCAAUUUCUCUUACAUACCUCACAUACUGCAACUCUAUUGGUGUCCCAUGUUAAUAUCUGAUUCUAGAUUUGUAAUUUGUUUCUGGUUUAGGCGAGUCUCAUCUUCUGCUGGUGGGAGACCCAGGCACAGGGAAGUCUCAGUUUCUGAAGUACGCUGCUAAGAUCACUCCCCGGUCAGUCCUCACUGCUGGGAUUGGCUCCACUACCGCUGGUCUGUCUGCCCUCUGCUGGUUCAUCAGAUACAGUUAACUUUGCUUAGAGGAAUCACUGAAAUAACCACUUAUAGUAGUCAAAAAUGGAGUGUGUGUUGUGUGUCAGGGUUGACGGUGGCAGCAGUGAAGGACUCCGGGGAGUGGCAUCUAGAGGCAGGAGCACUGGUGCUGUCUGACGGAGGCCUGUGUUGUAUUGACGAGUUCAACAGCAUCAAAGAGCACGACCGCACCAGCAUCCACGAAGCCAUGGAGCAGCAAACCAUCAGUGUGGCCAAGGCAGGGUAAGGAAAAAUCUUACCUUGCACUCACUUCUGUUAUGGGCUGAAGCAGGGUCAUAAUGACUGACGUGCAUAAAGCAUGUCUUUCUAUUUCCUUCAUUGACUUUGUGGGGUCUAUUUCUCUCUGUCCCACCCAGCAUGGUGUGUAAACUGAACACCAGGACCACCAUCUUGGCUGCCACCAACCCUAAGGGCCAGUACGACCCCAACGUGCCUGUGUCGGUCAACGUGGCCCUGGCCAGCCCCCUGCUCAGCCGCUUUGACCUGGUCCUGGUCCUACUGGACACCAAGAACCCUGAGUGGGACCGUAUCAUCUCCUCCUUCAUACUGCACAAUAAAGGUGUUUAUACAGAGUCCUUAUAGAGAGAGCGAGAGAACAGGCUCUGUGCACUCUUACUACUGAAGAGCUAGGGUGUUGAGAUCCACCAGUUUUUAGACCACUGCGUUUUGGCUUCAUAAUCAUAGAAACUGGUCCAGACCCUGGAGAAACAGGUGGUAGGACUCUGGUCAAUUAAUGACGUGAAUUGAUCUGUAUGUCGCUUUGGAUAAAAGCAUCUGCUAAAUGGCAUAUAUUAUAUACACUACCAGUCAAAAGUUUGGACACACCUACUCAUUCAAGGGUUUUUCUUUAUUUUCACAAUUUUUUACAUUGUAGAAUAAUAGUGAAGACAUCAAAACUAUGAAAUAACACAUAUGGAAUCAUGUAGUAAACAGAAAAUUGUUAAACAAAUCAAAAUAUAUGUUAUAAUUGAGAUAGCCAACCUUUGCCUUGAUGACAGCUUUGCACACUUUUGGCGUUCUCUCAACCAGCUUCACCUGGAAUGCUUUUCCAACAGUCUUGAAGGAGUUCUCACAUAUGCUGAGCACUUGUUGGCUGCUUUUCCUUCACUCUGCGGUCCAACUCAUCCCAAACCAUCUCAAUUGGGUUGAGGUCGGGGGAUUGUGGAGGCCAGGUCAUCUGAUGCAGCACUCCAUCACACUCCUUCUUGGUAAAAUAGCCCUUACACAGCCUGGAGGUGUGUUGGGUCAUUGUCCUGUUGAAAAACAAAUGAUAGUCCCACUAAGCCCAAACCAGAUGGGAUGGCGUAUCGCUGCAGGAUGCUGUGGUAGCCAUGCUGGUUAAGUGUGCCUUGAAUUCUAAAUAAAUCACAGACAGUGUAACCAGCAAAGCAUCCCCACACCAUAACACCUCAUCCUCCAUGCUUUACGGUGGUAAAUACACAUGCGGAGAUCAUCCGUUCACCCACACCGCGUCUCACAAAGACACGGCGGUUGGAACCAAAAAUCUCCAAUUUGGACUCCAGACCAAAGGACAAAUUUCCACCGGUCUAAUGUCCAUUGCUCAUGUUUCUUGGACCAAGCAGGUCUCUUCUUCUCAUUGGUGUCCUUUAGUAGUGGUUUCUUUGCAGCAAUUCGACUAUGAAGGCCUGAUUCACACAGUCCCCUCUGAACAGUUGAUGUUGAUGUGUCUGUUACUUGAACUCUGUGAAGCAUUUAUUUGGGCUGCAAUUUCUGAGGCUGGUAACUCUAAUGAACUUAUCCUCUGCAGCAGAGUUAACUCUGGGUCUUCCAUUCCUGUGGCGGUCCUCAUGAGAGCCAGUUUUAUCAUAGAGCUUGAUGGUUUUUGCGACUGCACUUGAAGAAACUUUCCGUAUUGACUGACCUUCAUGUCUUAAAGUAAUGAUGGACUGUCAUUUUUCUUUGCUUGUUUGAGCUGUUCUUGCCAUAAUAUGGACUUGGUCUUUUACCAAAUAGGGCUAUCUUUUGUAUACCCCCCCCCACACACACACACACACACCUUGUCACAACCCAACUGAUUGGCUCAAACACAUUAAGAAGGAAAGAAAUUCCACACAUUAACUUUUAAGAAGGCACACCUGUUAAUUGAAAUGCAUUCCAGAUGACUACCUCAUGAAGCUGGUUGAGAGAAUUCCAAGAGUGUGCAAAGCUGUCAUCAAGGCAAAGGGUGGCUAUUUGAAGAAUAUAAAAUAUAAAGUAUAUUUUGAUUUGUUUAACCCUUUUUUGUUUGCUACAUGAUUCCAAAUGUGUUAUUUCAUAGUUUUGAUGUCACAAGAUGGAAGUCACUCCUCAGUAAAAGGUACCAGCCCGCUUGGAGUUUGCCAAAAGGCACCUUAAGGACUCUCAGACCAUGAGAAACAAGAUUCUCUGGUCUGAUGAAACCAAGAUUGGCCUGAAUGCCAAGCGUCACGUCUGGAGGAAACCAGGCACCGCUCAUCACCUGGCCAAUACCAUCCCUACGGUGAAACAUGGUGGUGGCAGCAUCACUAUUAUUCUACAAUGUACAAAAUAGUAAAAAUUAAGAAAAACCCUGGAAUUGAGUAGGUGUGUCCAAACAUUUGACUGGUACUGUAUGUGAUCAGUUGAAGUACAGAACAGAUAAACGAAAACCAGUCCUCUAUAAGUAGAGCAUAGUAAUCUUGCUCUUAGCGCCUGAGAUAUCCACCAAUUACAAAGGUCAUCUGAGGAAUCAGUGGGAUAUCAUAUUGCUGAGUUAAGCUACACUGCAAAUUAGAGUUGAGAUCUCCUCUAGGCUCUUUGUUAGAAAAGAGAAUCUCUCUCCCCUGAAAGCCAGCACUUGAUCAUUUGCAUAAUAACAGUAUUUGUAUAAGGAAGAGAGCUAUGUUGAAUGAAAAUGCCAAUGAUGUAAAUUCUCUCUGGCAUCGCCCCAGAUUAAAUAGUGCUCUAGGUCAUUAUCAAAACUAUCACUCAGAGAGUUGUGGUUAUGGAAGGCUGGGUCCUAUUCAUUAUGACAAAACGUUUUGCAACAAAAAACUAUUCUUUUUGGACAAUUUCAGGUAGUCCCUUCCUGUUUCAGUAUAUUUUCUUCUGUCUAGUAAAUAAUAAAUACAUCCCCACAUCUUGCUCUUCACUGUAAUCAGAAGGCUAAUAUCAAUACUAUGCAUGCCAGUCCCUCUUUGCUAAAAGUAGAGGAGAGACUGACCGCAUCACUUCUUGUUUUUUAUAAAGAACAUUGAUGUGUUGAAAAUUCAAGAUUGUUUGCAUAGUCAAUUUACACACAGCACUGACACACACACUUACCCCAGCAGACAUGCCACCAGGGGUCUUUUCACAGUCCCCAAAUCCAGAACAAAUUUAAGAAAACGUACAAUGUUAUAUAGAGCCAUGACUGCAUGGAACUCCCUUCCAUCAAAGAUUGCUCAAUUGAACAGCAAACCUGUUUUAAAAAAAACGGAUAAAGCAACAGCUCACGGCACAACACCUCUCCCCUAUUUGACCUAGAUAUUGUGUGUAUGUACUGAUAUGUAGCCUAUGUGUGAUGUUUUAAAUGUAUGUAGUUCUGUCCUUGAGCUGUUCUUGUCUAUUAAUGUUCAGUAUUAUUGAAUGUUUUCUGUGGACCCCAGGAAGAGUAGCUACUACUAUCGCAACCGCUAAUUGGGAUCCUAAUAAAAUACCAAAUACCUUCAUCUGCCCUUCAGGAGCUCCCUGCCAGUCGGAGGAGUCUUUGUGGAGCAUGGAGAAGAUGAAGGCCUACUUCUGCCUGAUCAAGGGGCUGCAGCCGCAUGUGUCUGAGGAGGCCAACUCCAUCCUGUCCCGCUACUACCAGCUGCAGAGGCAGAGCGACAGCAGGAACGCAGCCCGCACUACUAUCCGCAUGCUGGAGAGCCUCAGCCGCCUUGCAGAGGGUGGGACAACAUUUUAGAUUACACAUCUAAUGUCUUUCCUUCGGAAUUCCUUUGGGUUUAGUUUAGUUACCAAGGAGUUUAGUAGUUACUGAAAGUGUUAUAACUCAUAUUUAUUAUGUGAAUGUUUUAUGCUAUAGUUGUUGUUGAUAUGAUGUGGUCAUGAAGCUCAUGAUCUUUGUCCUGAUCCUUGCAGCGCACGCCAGGUUGAUGUUUCGAGACACUGUCACUGUGGAGGAUGCUGUUGUUGUUGUCUCUGUCAUGGAGUGCUCAAUGCAGGUAGGAAGCUACACUUUGUUACAUUCUAACAUGAAAUAAUUAAGCAAUAGGCCUCCCGAGUGGCGCAGCAGUCAAAGGCACUAUAUCGCAGUGCUAGAGGCGUCACUACUGACCCGGCAUCGGGGCUGUAUCACAGCCGGCCUUGACCAGCGUCGUCCGGGUUAGCCGAGGGUUUGGCCGGGGGGGCUUUACUUGGCUCAUCGCGCUCUAGCGACUCCUUGUGGCGGGACGGUUACAGGCUGACCUCGGUCGUCAGUUGAACGGUGUUUUCGCCGACACAUUGGUGCGGCUGGCUUCCGGGUUAAGCGGGUGGGUGUUAAGAAGCGUGGUUUGGUGGGUCAUGUUUCGGAGGACGCAUGACUCGACCUUCGCCUCCCGAGCCUGUUGGGGAGUUGCAGCGAUGAGACAAGAUCAAAGUUGUGGAGAAAAAGGGGGUAAAAUAUAUAUAUUUUUUUUAAAUGUCAAUAUAAUAAUUAAGCAAUAAGGCCCAAGGGGAUGUGGUAUAUUUAAGCAAUAUGGCCCGAGGGGGUGUGGUGUGUGUAUAUAUACCACAAACCCCCGAGGUGCCUUAUUGCUAUUAUAAACUGGUUACCAACGUAAUUAGAAGAGUAAAAAUAAAUAUUUUGUCUUACCCAUGGUAUGCGGUCUAAUAUACCACGGCUUUCAGUCAAUCAGCAUUCAGGGCUCGCACCACCCAGUUUAUAAUGUCCUGAAUGCUGAUUGGCUGAGAGGUGUAUGAGACAAUAUACCACGGAUAUGAUGCAAAAAUACUUGUUUUCUGUUCUAUUUAUGUUGGUAACCUGUUUAUAAUAUCCGUAAGGAACCUCUGAGGUUUGUGGUAUAUGGCGAAUAUACCACGGGCUAAGGGCUGUAUUCAGGCACUCAGCUUCGCGUCGUGCAUAAGAACAGCCCUUAGCCGUGGUAUAUUGGCCAUAUACCACACCCCCUCAGGCCUUAUUGCUUAAAUAUAUCAUGGCUACGGGCUGUUCUUAGGCACGACACGAAGCUCAGUGUGUGAAUACAGCCCUUAGCCGUGGUAUAUUCGCCAUAUAACACAAACCUCCGAGGUUCCUUAUGGAUAUUAUAAACAGGUUACCAACAUAAAUAGAACAGAAAACAAGUAUUUUUGCAUCAUACCCGUGGUAUAUUGUCUCAUACACACACAGCUGAAAUGCUGUUUCAGCCAAUCAGAAUUCAGGACCCAAACUACCCAGUUUAUAACAUGUAACAUUUUACAGUUACAUUGAAUGUAAAUUGUAAUGCAUUCAGCAUGACACACGAUACACAUGACUUGACACACAUGACAUAAUACAAAAUGUAAGGUGAAGAUUCAGUGAGGUGUGUGUGUGUGUGUGCCUGCCGUAGGGGGGCGCUCUCCUGGGAGAUGUGAAUGCUCUUCACACGUCAUUCCCUGACAACCCCAGUCAGCAGUACCAGACACAGUGUCAAAUUGUUCUGGAGGGACUCCAGCUGCCUCACCUCCUCUACAAGGAGAUGGACAGGCUCUCAAGGUGAGACAUUAUACUAAUGAACAAGGUUUGUGAUGAUAAAACUUUGCAGAACAGGACAAAAAGUAAAUAUUGCUUGUAAGUAAUGCAUUCUUUAACUUAUUGUCUUCUACACCAUCAUAAUACUAAUACUGUGUGUAGACAGUGCAACAUUUCAAACUAAAUCUCACUUGUAACAACUCCCCCAACAACGUGAGUCAUUGUUUUUUUCUUUAGACUGCAGAAUAAUGGGCCAGGCUCCCCUAAUGGAACAGAAAAAGGUGUUCCUCUGCCUGCAAAGCAGCACAGUGAUCUGAGCAGCAGUUAUCAUCACAUAGAGAAGAACUCUAACGCCCAGACAAGAGGUCCGGGGAGCUCUGACAUCACAACAGACACAACAGAGAGUGGACUGGACUGGUUCCACUCACUGGCCGGCCCAGUGGGGGGAGGAGAUACCAACUCACCGAUCAUCACUUCACCCAUCACAACAUCCAAACAUAACAACCACAACUCCUUCUCAAAGCAGGCCCAAACCCUGCCAAAACACCCCGCGGUGUCGUUGCCAGGCAACAGCGGCGCUGCACACAAGGAGCGUGGGAGAGCGCCUGUGUGCGAUAAGACACCCAGUAUAACUGCGGAGGAGGAGGUGGUAGAGAGCUGUAAGGAGAGCAGUAAAAGCACAGCGUCAGCAGCAGUGGAAGACACAUCCUGCUCUAUGGUACAGAAGGUGUCCAAGAAGCUGCGAGGCAAACGGCUCAGAGAGAUGACUCUGCAGGGAGAGGAAGCUGUGGGAGAAGGCAGCACCAGCAAAGACCUCAUAGACCAUCUAGAUCUGGAGCAGGCCUUCUCCGCAGACUUCCUGUCCUCCUGCAGCACACCUGUAGCAGGGAAGAAACGCAACUCAAAGAAGAACAAUGUCCCUCGUAACCUCCCAUCUGGAGACCAGGACCCCUCUGGUACUGUGGGGGCAGAAGAACUGCACUCUAAGUUCACAGGGUUCACAUUUAAACCCAGAGAGAAGAUGACCCACGCUAAACCUCUCUGCCCAGAUACUGACAGCUCAGACAUUCACACAGAGAAUAGUGAUCCACAUAGCAAAGCAAAGACACAGAGCAGAGAGAACCAUAACACACUUUCUUCAGUGAGAGAGAAAGAGAGAACAGAAAAGGCAAAGAGUGAGAAACAGUGUUACCAAGACAGGCCAGCAGAGGGCAGAAGUGCUGCCAAGAAGAUGAGGCUGAGUGUUCAGUCUGAGGAGAAAGAGUUUCCCACUGAGGUAUCACGUGACCUGAGCCCAGAGGUUAGUGGUCCCAGGGCAGAGGGAGGUGGUAAUGGGGGGGAUCGUGGGACAGAGCAGAAACGCCAGCAGCUGCUGAGCAGAAUGGCUCCAGGUGUGAACAGAACUACAUCAACAACCCUCACAGACCCUCCCCCACUACAGCCAGAUCACCCAAAGCCCACUGUGGCGGCCUCUACCCUGGCCAAACUCUCCAGGUUCUCCUUCAUAACCACAAAGUACCAGGAAGUUACAACCCUAAUAACAACUCCUACAUCAGGGGCUCAGGUAACCACCUCCAUAGAGCUUAAAGCAGGGCAGCAGGACACAGGGACACAAGCUAUCGCCAGCAUACAGCAGAGGACAGGGAUGCAAGCUAAAGCCUCUACAGAGGAUAGGACUGAGGCCAGUGUUAGUGGAGACAAAGACUUCCAGACAUUUAACAGUAAGGGCCAGAACCCUGCUGGAGAUUCUGCUGUUAACUCUAAAAAGAGAAAGUGUUUUGAGCUGUGCUCUAAAGGCCUCUUUUCUGACCUGUCUAUGUUCAGCUCCUCCAACUUUGAUGAAGAUGAUCUGAGUGUAGACUGGGAUGAGGAGUUGGGGAAAAAAGCUCAAAUGUAA